AUGAACGUCGCUGACCAUGCCCAGGUAAACUCGCAUGACGAUGAUGUUGAUUCUCCUAUCUCUUCCGACCAUCCUCACGGCAUUCCAUCUUCACCUCCUCCCUCUUUCCGAUCUCGCACAUCCUCCCCGACAUCACGCCGCCUAUUAGCCCAAGAAUCUCUUUCCAAUGAAGCCGAUCAAGAUCUGGCAGACACUUUCGACGACGGAGAAGGUUCAGAUGCAGAGAACGAUGGUGAUGAUAGACAGAGGUUGAUGAGGGCGGAUCCGGCGACUGCGAGACAAGACGGCGCCCCAGCUGCUACAUCUGACCCCGAUACUCGCCAGGCACCUGCGGUCGAGCGGAGAGUGACAGAACUACCGGCCUUCAGACCUAUGCCGCCAUCUCUUAGACCGAUGGAUGGUGUGUUCGCGAACCUGUCUGCUAAACCCGAGCGCGGUGACCAGGUUGAUGAAAAGCCUCCGUCUUAUGAACAGGCGGCCGCCGAUGCAACCCCUCCCUACUGGGAGACAACGAUCCUCGCCCCCGGCAUGUCUUCCGAUGAAGUCUACGUCGAUGGCCUUCCCGUCGGUUCGUUGUUCUCUUUCGUAUGGAAUGCCAUGAUCUCCAUGUCGUUCCAACUCGUCGGAUUCCUUCUCACAUAUCUCCUCCACACCACCCACGCGGCCAAACACGGUAGCCGAGCUGGCCUGGGCUUGACUUUGGUUCAAUAUGGCUUCUACAUGAGCGGGUCCAGUGAUGCGAACCAAGAUACCGGCAAUCCAGGACAGUUUUCGAGUUCGUCGCCACCGGACCCAAAUAGCCACAACUUCGAUCCCGGUAGUGUAGACGGCUCGGACAACAAGUCACAAGGCGGAGUGGGCGGUCUCACAAGCUCCGAUUGGAUCUCUUACAUUUUGAUGAUUGUUGGCUGGUUCAUUCUCAUACGGGCAGUUUCGGACUUUAUGCGUGCGAGGCGGCAUGAGCAAUUGGUAUUACAGAGCCCAAACCGCGGACUCCCUGUGCCAGUUGUUGCGGAGGGAGAAACGCCAGAGCAGGCAGCAUAA